GACUCUGUUUACCAACUGGGACAGCGCAGGCAAGAUGGUCUAUCAAAUCCCUGGCAUUUCAGCUGAAAUGAUGGGUCUCAUCAUCAAUUACGCCUACACCGGGACAGUACCGAUCACAGAGGACAACGUGGAGAGUUUGCUGGCUGCAGCAGAUCAGUUCAAUGUCAUGGGCAUCGUCAGCCUGUGCUGUGAGUUCCUCAGUUCCAGGCUGUGCUUUGAGAAUUGCAUUGGCAUUUGCAGACUCACUGACUAUUACCACUGCCCCGACCUGCGCGCAGCUGCCUGCGUGUACAUCCUGCAUCACUUCGAGGAGGUGUCCCAGGUGUCCGAGGAGUUCCUAGACCUCUCUGCCGAGGAGCUGGCACACAUCAUUGAGAAGGAUGAGCUGAACGUGCGGCGAGAAGAAGCCGUGUUUGAGGCUGUGCUGAGGUGGAUCGCUCAUGACCCGCAGAACAGGAGGCAGCACAUCGCCUGCUUGCUCAGCAAGGUGGGUGCAGAGCAGCUUUGGAGCUGUCCCCAAAGGCUACUGAGACCACAAGUGUUAGUAUUCCAACCUCCUCCUUGCCUGCUUCAGGUUCGACUGGCACUCCUACAAUCCGACUACUUCAUGAACAACGUCAAAGCUCACGAGUACGUGAAAGACAAUGCCAACUGCAAAGAUCUCAUCAUCAGUGCCCUGUCCGAAAUCUACGACCUGAACUCCUACGGCCAGAGUUCCUCAGUCAACGCCAACCCCCUCACCCGGCCGCGCCUGCCCUACGCCAUCCUCUUUGCCAUCGGGGGCUGGAGCGGCGGCGGCGCCACCAGCGCCAUCGAGACCUACGACGGCCGCACCGACAAGUGGCUGAACAUCCCCUGGGAGCAGGAGAGCCCUGUUGCCUAUCAUGGCUCGGCUUAUUUGAAAGGCCACGUCUACGUUAUCGGUGGAUUCGAUGGCACAGAUUAUUUCAACAUCGUCAAGCGCUUCGAUCCGCUGCAGAAGACGUGGCAGCAGGUAGCGCCCAUGCACUCACGGCGCUGCUACGUCAGCGUCACCGUUGUGGACAACUUCAUCUAUGCCAUGGGAGGGUUUGAUGGCUACAUGAGGCUCAACACAGCGGAGCGCUAUGACCCAGACACCAACCAGUGGACCCUGAUCACCCCCAUGCACGAGCAGAGGAGCGACGCCAGUGCAACCACGCUGAAUGGAAAGGUGUACAUCUGUGGUGGGUUUGAUGGUGAUCAGUGCCUCAGCUCAGCUGAAGUCUUCAACCCCACCACAAACCAGUGGUCCCUGAUCGCCCCAAUGAGCAGCAGGAGAAGUGGAGUUGGGGUGAUGGCGUAUGGGAACCAGGUGUACGCGGUCGGAGGGUUUGAUGGGAACAGCCGGCUGCAGAGCGUGGAAGCGUACAACCCCAUCGCCAACGCCUGGCACGCCGUGCCCUCCAUGCUAAACCCACGCAGCAACUUUGGCAUUGAGGUGAUGGACGGCCUCUUGUUCGUGGUUGGGGGCUUCAAUGGGUUCAGCACCACCGUUGCCACCGAGUGCUACGAGGAGGACACCAACGAGUGGUACGAUGCCCACAGCAUGGGCAUCACCCGCAGCGCCGUCAGCUGCUGCGUGGUGCCAGGACUCUCCAAUGUCAUGGAAUACAUCGCCAGGCAACACUACUACCAGCACAGCUCCUCCAUGGACAUCUUGUUCACCAGCUCAACUCGGAGCUCGCCGUUGUAAAUAGUUCCCCUUAGCUAGGAGUGUUGUGAUCAGCCAUCACUGGAUGCUUGUGUAAAUAGUUCUGCGUAUCUAAUAAAGUCUUCUGAGCAUCCCACCACUGGAUGCCUGUGUAAAUAGUUGUCUUUUAGGUAAUAAAGUCCCCGUGGCAGCAAGGGAGAAUGUUCCUUUGUUCUAAAAUAGAAACAAUUGUAACAGGCCAAAAGGAUCAUUAGGAGUUCAAAUUUUCACUCAAAAGCACUACCCAAUGUAUCAGCCACACCCUAUACACUGACUUAAAAAAAUCAAAAGCACAACAGAAUGCUAGAGAAAUAAAAGGUUUAUUUUCAUUAAUUCACCUCUUACAAUAAACUUUAGUACAGUGUAUUUAAGGUCAAGAACAGGACAGCAGGAUCUGUUUCAAAGGGCCUGUGACACACACAACUUUACCUCACAGCUAGGGACAGGAGUGCUGCUCCCCAGGAAACUGCUAUCCCUCUGUUAAUGUGCCAGGAGAGCAGAGCUGCUGCAACCCACAGUGACAUGGACCCACGAAGAGAACCUGACUAUUAAUGGUCAUCAAACAGCUCGUUAGUUCCACACUCUACAUUCAUAUUAGUAACAGGGUUAGAUCCUCAAGAGCACCUGUUUUAUCAGAUUUCACCCAGGACUGUCAAAGGGGAGAUGGCUUGUACCCCAACCUAAGGUGGACAGAGCUGAAAAUAAAUCCAAGACCACUUUCUUUACACUUGCUUUUCAAAGCCCAUUGGAUGUUACAACAUCCUGUUACAAGGCUGUAAUAUUAAGAACAGAGAAAGUUCUAAUUCCUUGGGACUGGGUUUGUUUUCAGCCACCAGGGUAUUUCACAACACAAAAGACGAGCCAAGAGUUUGGAUUUUAAUAUUUACUGUAAUGGAGAAAAAUGUGAUUGCAAUAGUCAAGCAGAAUGCUGGGUACAGUUGUUCACAGCACAUGAAACAUGUUUGCUUCAUCUGUGGAAUGGACUCCCACUGUGUGCAAGGGAGUCCAUUAAAAACACAACCCCUCUAAUGGAGUAUCCAGGUAGUUAUAAAAUAUUAUGUACACAUAUGGCCCCUGGGAGUUACCAAAGUGACCACUACCACCUGGCAGGGGGUAAAGAAAAGCAGAAAGCCAGGACAUGUCACGUGUUUGGUGGCAGGUAUCAGGACAGGUGUAGAGGUGUGAUUGUCCUAAGGAGGAGGAAAACUCCCCCAAUGUCCUUUUCCCUCAGUGAGGCAGCAGUCAGCCUUCUCACCCUUACUGAACACACACUGCUGACAGCUGAGCAGCCUCCAGAAACACACGUGAGGAAUUCCCAGGCUUUUGUUUAUGGGAUCAUUUCAUAAACACCCAGCAAGAUAGGGUGGUCAAGGGCACAAGGAAAUUGCUAUGGAUUCACAGGCUUGUGGGCUAAACUGCAGCCAGAGCCACGAAUGCAAUUCUCCCACCAUCUCCUGUGAUGCAAUGAAUUAUUUAUUUGAUCUAUCAGUCACAAACCACACCAGUGCCACUGGUCCCCUGGAAUUCAAGGCUAAAACACCCCAACUGCUUAAAACUAUCCCAGAAGUGGCAGAGCAAACACUGAGAGCAGCCUGUGCUGCUGCCAGCCCCCACCCCAAGCACGUGGAGGGACAGCAAGGCACACACAGCAUGCAGCUGGCACACACAGGUUACCUGUCCAUGAUGGGGCUGCCUCUCAGGGGAGUGCUUUGAGUAAAUGCCACAGCUUGUCCAGCAGCCCAGAGUCCUCCUGGGAAGUGCAACAUCAAUUUUGCUUAGAAAAAGCAAGACUGCAAGUUUGUUCUUGCCUCUUUGUUGCACAGUGCCAUGCAUUAAAUAUUCAGGUUCUAUUCCAACUGAAAGAACCAUCUUGGUGUUUCUCCCUACAGAUUGUCUGUAUUUGAGGAGAGGCUACAAGAGAGCUUGGAGAGAGCUGUGGUGGUGACCUACGACUCCCCAACUGCCUGUUUAAUCCCUCCAGCUGGUUCAGCAGGGUGGAGGACAGAACUCCUCUUAAGUAUCUUAAAAUCAGCUCCCACAAAUUGCUGUAACAUUGAUGGAUUCAGCACCAGAGCCAUUUGCAUUUUAUCACAAACUGCUGCAGGAGCAGCAAUUCCAUAUCUACUCCAGCCAGACCUGCAAGGGUCCAUGGAUCAACCCCAGCUUACAAACCUGCAGCAGCUGUUUGGGAACAGGCACCUGCAAACAUCACCUUAAACUCACCUAAACUUCCUCUUGCAUGAAGCCAGUUGGGACUUCACCUGCCCCAACAACAAAACAGGCAAAGAAAAUAAAACAUGGUUACCACAGAGGAGUAAACCAAGAAAAACUGUUCAGAAUUUCAAGUCUGGUAGUUUUUUUAACUAAGGCUGGAGACUUCUCACAAAAAGACAAGCUGUUGAUAUCAAAGUGGCCCACGAACCACAAAGUGGAGCACUGGGGGACGCACACAUCAGAGAAACCUUUACACACUGAGUGGUGGAAAGACUUACCCCAAGUUUCAGAUAUGAUCUGGGCUGCCUCUUGAACUGGAAAAGGAGAAUGAGCAGCUCAGGAAGCAAAACAAUUAAGACCAAAACAACCCCGAAAUUGGUUAAAAGUUCUUUGCAAAGAACUAACCCACAGCAAAACCACCAGCAAAUCAUCAACGAACCAAGAACAGUAAGAGAUUUUCCAGAAAGGUUUGUCUACACAAAUUUUGUAAUACCCAGGUUACUCCUCCCAUUCCCUUCCCUAAGAUCCUGAGUUAAGACUGCAUGGAAAAACCUGGAACAUUCAAAAGAAGGGAAGGAUGGGGAGAAAAGGAGGUAGGAGGUAUGCACUGAAACUGUUGGUAAAUGAAAGGUCCUGGAGCUUCUUGGAUGGGGAGAAGGAGUGCUCAGUGGGGCAGAGAGACAGGGAUACCCCAAAGGGACUAUCCCACAUUCUGUUUGUUCCCUGGGAGUGCAGCAGGAAGCAUCCAGAGCCAACCAGGGCAUUUGCAAAGUACAGCCACCCCAAAAUGCCAAAAGGUGUUCAAAUGAGUUUGAAUGUCACCCCAGAUCAAAUGGGGAAAUUCAGAUACCUGGAGACUCUGAAAGCCCAGCUCUCCCCCCUGCAGGAGCACAGCUGGGAGCCCCUUGGGACAGCACAGGAGGGCAAAAGGGUUCUGAUUGUCAGAGAGAGGCUGGGAACAGCAGGGGCUCUUUCAUCACUUUUCACUAGAAUGAAAACAUUUGAGAAAAGACCUACAAGUAGCUCAGGUUUCACUGCAUUCCCAUGAAAUAAUCCCACUCUCACCGAUCCACUCUGACAGAACUGAGCAACCAGUGUGGGUGGGUGGCUCAUGGCUGGGUGUCACUCCUUUGCUCAGGCUGUUGACCCAAGUUUUUGAGUCAGAGACAGACUCAAACCUGCAAUACACCU